GGUUUCCAUAUCGGACAGAAUUAAUUGUGCUACAAUCAGGAAGUGACGGCGACUGAAACAUAUUUUGGGUUGUCAAUUUACAGUUACUUCGCAAUAUUUUCGUAAAACCAUAACUCCCACGAUGUCUUCCGAUUUUGAAUCAUACGAACAGGACUUUGGAACGCUGACAGCUGAGAUAACAAAUAAAAUUGGCAGAAUUCCUAAACUCGGUGGAGAGGAGAAGACGCAGCUGGUUUUAAAUGUUGACAAACAGCUUGAAGAAGUCAGAGAGCUGCUGGAGCAGAUGGACCUGGAGGUGCGCGAGAUUCCCGUGCAGAGCAGAGGGAUGUACAGCAACAGACUGAAGAGCUACAAGCAGGAGGUGGAGAAACUGGAGAAAGACUUUAAAAGGUCACGCAUCGCCUACAGCGACGAGGUGCGGAACGAUCUCCUGGGGGACGGAGGGAGCUCCUCGGAGGGUCAGUUGAUAAAGUUGCGUGAGGAGAGAGCGCAUCUGUUGGACAACACGGAGAGGCUGGAAAGGUCAUCUCGGAGACUGGAGGCCGGCUACCAGAUCGCCGUGGAAACAGAGCAAGUUGGGCAAGAAGUCCUGGCCAACCUGCACGGUGACCGGGAGAAGAUCCAGAGGGCUAGAGAGCGGCUGAGAGAGACAGACACCAACUUGGGGAAGAGUUCCAGGAUUCUGACAGGAAUGCUGAGAAGGUAAGAACAAGGAUCAUCCAGAACCGCGUCCUCAUCUUCGUCCUGGGAGCCAUCAUCCUCCUCACCAUCAUCCUGGCUAUUUAUUUCAACCUGAGAGGACGCUGAAGGAUCCCUCCAACACAACCCCCCCCCCGCCCCCCCGCCUCCUUCACACACACACACCACUUCUCCCCCCCCCUGCCCCUCUGCCGCCCCCCCCCCCCCCCCCCAUACCCGCGUGAUUAAUAGUGACAGAAGAGUUUGGUCUGGAGUAAUUAGGACAAAUUGGACACAUGAAUCAUCUUUCAUGCCGUGACAAAGGCGGUCUCCGCUGGACCCCCGCGCUCGGAUUUCGGACGCUCCCGCGCUCUCUGUCAGUCCCGCUGUCAUCAUUGUCACUCCGGCCUCUUUGCAUGGGACCUCCGUUCCCCGUAGAAACGCGUCUGAUCGGUGCGUUUGACCUGGUGGGAGUGGCCGGUGGAGAGGCCGUGCAGGUAGCUCCCACUACGUUUUGCAUGUAUCGAUAGAGACAAGUCUUAGUCUCUUGGGGUAGCCUUUCUGUGAUUGGAGCUGCUUUUGAAAAGAUAGACAGUUGGACUUGUCUGGAAUGCAUUUAAGGGAUAUUUCAGACAAUGUUGACCAUCAGGGAUGUGGGCAACCUAGACAUUAAGACUUGCAUUGACUAGCAGUUAACAAAUAAACACACCAAAUGCACUGAGGUACCAUGGUCAGAUGUAAAGUAGUAUCAGCGAUGGCCACAGCUCAUCACAGUUCUACAGGCACAAUGGGGCUCUGGUCAGUAUCCUAAAGAGAGGUUUUCAAUACAUUUAUUUCCUCGUCACAAAAUAUGUAUUUUAUGAAACAAUACGUAGUGCUUUAUAUUUCCUAAUCGCGUCUGUUUGAAAAUGUAAGCUAACAUGAUCAGUCUCGGUUUUCCUAAUAACGCACAAUAUCUGUAGCGGAGCAAGCAAAACUUUGUUUUGGAAGAAACGUUUUUUUUUUAUUUCGCGGAUGGUCAAUAGAAGUACAGCAGCGAGAUGAGCGCAGAGAACGAGGCGAGCGCGCGUGUGUGCGGUGGUCCGGCUGAACGCAGAGUGCGUUCAGGAAGAGUUCAGCCCCCCAUCGCAGUGGGACCAGCUCACGGUGAGACGCCCCUGGGUUCAUUAGGGGCCUUUAAAAGGUGUUUUAUUGUCCUUGUAAAAGGGAAAGUGGCGGCCCCGUGGCGCUGUCCUUUAGCGCGCGUGUGAUAUAUCUCCCCCCGUAAAGGCGCUGCCCCCUGCUUUCCGAGGAGUCGUGCGAGAUCGCGUCCCGCCCUCACAGAAAUCCGAAAUACGGGUGACCUCAACGCGGGUCACGUGAGCUGAUUUACACCUCUUCCCAAGAUCAUCGUGUGCGGUAGUUAUAGUAUCAAAUUAUGUCGUCUUAAAAUUUGAAACGAACGGGAAAAAAAAGUCGCAAUUCGUCGUGAACGUUCGCGCGGCGACAUCGUCCAUCGCUAGGAUUCUGUCUGCGUCUUGGCUCGUCUGCGUUCGGUUCGCGCACUUUUUUGUUUCACGCUCGCGACGUUGCGGGCGCCGCCGGGGCGGUGGGCGGUGGGGGACGGUCGCGGGACGCGUCGGCGGCGGCGAGGGCCAUUUGGUAUUCCGUUUCAGGGCCGGCAGAUCGUCUUAUUUUGGAAGCGACGCGGUGGGGGGCGUCCUCUGCCGCGGACGCGCGGCUCCCGGCUUCAAAGCCUCAAAUUAAUGGCCAACAAAAUUGCGCGGCUCUGUCCGUCCCAUGUGGGGCUAACCCGUCGAGAGUUAUCAUUAAGCCCAGGAAUAAUAAAACAAGAAGGAGGAGGAAAAAUCCUGCCAGUCUGACAAACCUCAUCAGAUAAUGACCAUUGCGAGCAGCAGAGAGUGUUUGUAUUUAUGUGUGUGUGAGUGUGUGUGUGUGAGUGUGGACCUGUGUCUUUGGGUGUGUGUGUGUGUGUGUGUGUGUGUGUGUGUGUGUGCGCACAUGCGCAUGUGCGAAUGUGUGAGCGCUCUUGCCUGUGCGUGUGCUUGUAUGUGUGAGCACCCUUGCCUGU